AUGUCAUUCGAGGCGAGAGCGACCGAGGAAGAUGCGAGUGUUGCCACUUCUUGUAUUAUGAAGUGUUCCCUCGAUAGUUUUAUAAACAGUAAUUUAUCUUCGAACGAUGUAUGUUUCUAUCACAACCAUCAUAUGUUUUGUGUUGCAGGCGUCGCACAGGCAGCAGUGUCAACAUCUCUCAGGGUGUACGAGGUUCAUUCCCGUGACGACUACGACGCUUACGAUAACGGCCAAAAAAACUCCCUGCAAAAUAGCAAAGAUCACCUGGAAUAUUCCAGGAAACACGACAGGAGCUUGGCUGAUUUAUGGAAACAGGCCAGGAGAAGAAAUAACAGCGCGGCAGAAUACGAUGACGAAAGGUUCAAGAGAAUGGAAUCUAAUUUGACUGAAGUUCUGACCAAUCUAUCGUCCGUCCUCAACCAAAUACUUAACAUAGUCAAAUACACGAAGCAAGAAGAGUUUAGAGCCUUCAACGAUUAUAUUCCAAACAACGGGGACAGAAACAGACAGAGAAUUAAACGAAAUACCCAAGAUCUUAAUAAUACGGUCACAGAAAAAGUUACAGUCGAAAAUACAACAGAAAUCACGAAUACCAGCGGAAGAAGAACAAUGAUGGGGUCACCAGGACCGACUAAUGAUGAAGUCAGAAACAAACUCUUCACCUACAUAGAUGAAGGAUUUAAUGAGAUUAUAUACAAAGUGAACUCGCUGCAGCCGAUUAAAACAGCCUUUAACAAUGACGUGGCCUACAAAAUUGGGUACAUCGUAGCAAAUAUUGACACUCUCGAUGCUAAUAUGAAGAAUUUGAAGAGAGAUAUGGAGUCUGAUAAGUAUGGCUGGAGUGACAACAAGAUCUUGAACCUGUAUGACACUAUCAAGCUGUCCAGUUCAGCUGUUAGUAACUUGAUGGACGUGCUGAAGAACUUCCUCGAAGGAGGAGUCAGCGGCGGAUACUAG